CCCUCGCCGGGCCCGGCGCGCCCCCGGCCUGUGCCUGCGGCGCCGCCUGCGAGGCCUGUAGGGGCCAGGGGCAGCGGCGGCAUGAGGAGCCGCUGCGGCCGCCGGCAGUGAAUGGGCAUCGCGGCGGAGCGGGAGCAGCCGGAGCCGGAGGCGCGGCCGCCGCCGCCGCGAUGGCUCAGGAGAAAAUGGAGCUGGACCUGGAGCUGCCGCCGGGGAGCGCCGCGGCCCCGAGCGACGGGGGCGGCCUGAGGAGAUCCAACAGCGCCCCGCUCAUCCACGGGCUCAGUGAUAACUCACAAGUGUUCCAGGCCAGCGUUCUGCGGACCCGCAGGAACAGCACCACAGUGAUGAAUCGUCACAGUCUGUUUGUGCCAUCAUCACCUAUCCGUAUUCCCAGCAGCCGUCUUCAUCAAAUCAAACAGGAAGAAGGAAUGAAUUUGCUGAAUAGAGAAACAGUACAUGAAAGAGAAGUGCAAGUAGCAAUGCAGAUGAGCCACUCAUGGGAGGAGAGCUUGAGCCUGACUGACAAUGAUUUUGAGAAAUCCUCAUCACCAAAGCAAGUGGACUUUGUCCCAGUUUCUCCAGCUCCUUCACCUACUAGAGGAAUCGGGAAGCAAUGUUUCUCACCAUCUUUGCAAAGCUUGGUGAGCAGCAGUGGGUUACCCCCAAGUCCCAGCCCAAGUCCAACACGGCGAUUUUCAAGGAGAAGCCAGAGUCCAAUUAACUGCAUUCGACCAAGUGUUCUGGGGUCAAUAAAAAGAAAAGGUGUAAUGGAGAUAGAAGAUCAUCCAAAAAGAUUAUUCCAAGGAUCCACCAACAUGCUUAGCCCUGAGGUUUCACAUCAGGCAGACCUUGGCGGAUGUCUGUCGUCACAUGCUCUCGAUGACAACAGGAGCAGUGCAGGCUCUUCCUGUGACUCACCAGCUGAAGUUGGCACCAAUACAGACUCUCCAGUCUCACUUUCUGACUCCAGAUCUCCUUUUUUACCAGUAGAUCUCACGGCUAAGUUACCCAUCAAUUGAGAAGCAGAAGUCUGCUAAUGGACACCAGGAAACAGGCUGGACAUCAAUAAGACUUUCUGUUGUGUGUAACUGAUUCUGUUCCUCAUAGGAACUUCCAGAAAUGUCAUGAUUUCUAGAAAACUUCCAGAAUAGUUCCUUGAGGAGGAAUUCACAUUUCUAGUGAUUUGUAUGAGGCUUACUACAAUACAGUAAGCAUUUGAAUCGCAAACAUAUUUGAUGCUAACAUCAGUGAGCAAGCUGUUGAUCUCCAAUGGAUGUUGUCUUGUUGGAGUAAGUUACAAGUAUUCUAUGUACAUUCUGCUUGUGGAACUCUUGGCUUUCCAACAGCUGCCAGGCAGCAUCCUCACUAAUAUAACGUGGUGCUUGUGUAGUAGCAGAUAACUUUCACACUUGUCCUCAGUCUGAAGCCAGCAAAGCAGCUUUUACUAAGUUGUUUUUAUUCCAGGAGUGUUACAUAUUUAUCCUUUUUGUUCUUCGUAUAAAAUAGGGAAUAUUGGGAGGGGGAACUGAUUCUUGUGUUCUAUGAUGAUUGGCUGUUAUUCAAUCCUGUGCUCUAAUAGAUGUCAAAAGGACAAGUUGGUGAAUUGCCAACUUAAAUUCAUAUGAUGGAUUUUGUUCAUGAUCGUGACUGCUCUUGUGGCUAAAUUCAGAUUAGGUGGGGAACAUUCUGCUGGGGGUUUGUAUUUUUGUAUUCUUCCCCAUGUAGAUGACUUAUUAGAGUGGUAGGAGCUCUAUUAAAGGUCUUUUAAUAAGGAAAUAUAGUAAUAAUGUUUGGAACAAAACAUUAAAUCCUGAGGUUUUAGUAAUGAGUGCUUCAGAAACGCGUUAACAGGCAGUAUUUGUUCCCAUACAUGGCUUUUGUUGGGCAAAUACAGAGAGGAAUCUUGAAUGCCUUUAUACAGGCUGAGGAGAUCAGACGUGUUUAAUCUGUGUUUCAUCUCCUGCUGUCGCUUCCUCCAACAGUGGCAUUGAGUUAUUUCUGCUGUCGAGAACUUCAGAUGCUGAUUGCAAAGAGGUUUUAGGAUUCUUGUACUAUAUUGGAAAAGUCAGUGGGUUGAGACAUCCUGAUCUCAACUUGGGAAUUCCCCAAACAGGAGGAGAACCUGCAAACCCCACCAUAGCAGCUGGUUUCAGGUUUUCCAGUGACAACCUCCUUUUGGUUGUCGACUCCUGUUACCCAGUUGAACUUCCCCAGCUGGGUCCCUGUUUGCACGUGCGUGUGCAUCUGUACUGUGAGGGUUCAAGCCUUCCCUCCAGAGAGGUUAAUAAUGAAGCCAAAUGGUUUCUUUUUAACACUAAACCUUUGGUCUGUGUAGUAAGGUGAGAAGUGUGGAGACUUCCUCAAGUAGGAGAAAAGCCUGAACUCUGCUGUGAAAGAUGGAUGAAGCUUUGCCUGACAGCAGCCAUCAAGAGUAGAAAUGGACAACUUGGAGUGCAAAGACCUGGUGACCUGAGGGCCAGCGACCAGUGUCCGUAUGUCCUUAUUGUAGAGAGAAGAUAGAAUGUAUUUAAUAGUUUGACUCAGUUCAAGUAAGAGAUGACAUGGUUUACUUCUCAUUUCAUUCCUCUUAAAUUAUUCUAAUAGCCAACUUCCUGAUUGCAGCUCCCUUUCAAAACCCAACUGCCCUUCAUCCCUGUGCCGGAUGGACAAGCUUGUGUUUUGUGUCUGUUGGCUCCCUCUAAUACAGCACAGUUUGGUUUUGCAGUUUCGAGUAUGUGCCAAAGAGCUGCUGUGUGUUCACUCUUCUGUGGGGAGGGCAAGAUGGGGUUUUAAACAUCUUGCAGAAGAAUGAACCUCCUGGUGUCUCUUCCAGUCUUCUAAAGAUGCACCAGGGGAGGGUUUGAUAGUUCCGUGGGGGUCAGCUCCUCUCUGUUCUGUUGAAUAUUUAUGCUAUUUUUCAAAUAAGUGCCAAUAAAUGGAGAAAUAAA